AUGGACCCCCAAGCACGGCCGCAGAGCAGUCUGCUCACAGCGGCGCCCGAACUCUCUCCACUCGAGCAAGAAGUGUUGGAUGAGUAUGAGCGGCUAUCUGAGAACAUGAAGAAGUUGGCUGUGCUCUUGGAUGAGCUUGCCAGUGCCCCAGCAACUGAGAUUUUAGAUGGGCUGCGCGAGUUGGAGCGUAAGACUAGCCUCGUGUUCACAUUGCUUAAGGCUAGUGUGUACAGCAUCGUGUUGCAGCAGGAGAUUGAUUGGGGUGGUGGAGCUGGUGAUGGGCACUAA